AUGGCACUUUCAUUACUAUACGAUGAAUGCCGUCUUAAUUAUUUAAAAGGAUUGUAUCCAUGUUCGGAUCAUGACCUCAUUUCACUUGCUGCUAUUAUGUUACAUAUCAUUUAUGGCGCUAAUAUUCAACUAACUGAUCAAAUAUUAGCUACGGUAAUACCAAUACAUCGAUUACCAGAGAAAGGAAAUAAUCUGAGACAAAUGCGCUCACGGAUUGAAUAUGAACAUCAAGCACGUAAACGAACUAAUUUAAUCAAAUUACAGCAAGAAUUUUUACAAAUUUGUUGGCGUUUUAGCGUUUAUGGUGCAACAUUUUUUGAUGCUAUCGCAUUUAUGACUAAG